AUGGAGUCAUCUUCAAGCACUUGUCAUGGAUUGAUGUGCCAUUGUGGAAGGAGGGCUAUACUCUCCAGAUCUGGAACUAAGACGAACCCUGGUCGCUUGUUUUGGGGAUGCGCUAAUUGGAAAGUGAGAAAUUGUGGAUUCUUCAAAUGGGUGUCUGAUGAAGAUGAGUUUGAAGGUUCAAAGGCAAGGCUUGUUCAGACAAGGCAAGUUUCAAGUGCCGUGUCAAUUGGAGAAGUUCGGGAAAAGAGAAAGAUUGAAAUUGAUAUUAUGGAAUUGUUGAAACUUGUUGUAUUUGUUCUUUUAUUCGCUGUUAUCAAAGUUUACUAUCAGCAAGAUUCAGUAGUCAGAAUUUAG